UCACAGUGUGGAUAAGCUUUUUUGUCUUCUUCUUUUCCUUAUACACUUGUUUCGUUUCAAACCAAUGCACCUUUCCUCUGAAUUUUGUCCUUCCAUUCCAUGAAGGAUUUUUCCUAAGACUCAUUGCCUCUACUCUACUCUUUCUUUGUAUUCCAUUUUCUAGUUAGUUAUGGCUGCUCUAACUUCUCUGUCAUUCUCAGCAACAACUCAAUGCUCACAGAGAAAAUCAACUCUACCUUCUUCUUCUACUCGUUUCCUUGCUUCCAGUUCUGAUUUCUUUGGAAUUAGGAUAGAUUCCUCAUACUAUCAUCAUGUUGGUGUUAGAGCUGCCAAUUCUUCAUCUAAAAUGGUUAUUCAAUGCAUGUCUUCUGUCACAGAUGUUCCAAGUGUUUCCGAGACAAAGUUGAAUUUCCUAAAGGCAUAUAAACGACCAAUCCCAAGUAUCUAUAACAAUGUGCUGCAGGAGCUCAUUGUCCAGCAUCAUUUAAUGAGAUACAAGACAUCAUACCGUUAUGAUCCUGUAUUUGCUCUUGGUUUUGUCACUGUUUAUGAUAAACUCAUGGAAGGGUAUUCUAGUGAAGAGGAACGAGAUGUCAUCUUCAAAGCUUAUAUUAAUGCAUUGAAGGAAGAUCCGGAACAAUACAGAAUAGAUGCACAGAAGUUGGAAGAGUGGGCUAGGACUCAAAACUCUACUUCCCUGGUUGAGUUUUCAUCCAAAGAAGGAGAAAUUGAAGGGAUAUUAAAGGAUAUUGCACAAAGAGCAGGAGGAAAGGGUGAAUUCAGUUAUAGUCGUUUCUUUGCAGUAGGACUUUUUCGCCUUCUUGAGUUGGCAAAUGCGACAGAACCAACAAUUUUAGACAAGCUUACUGCGGCUUUGAACAUCGACAAAAAAAGCGUUGAUCGGGACUUGGAUGUGUAUCGUAUGCUUCUUUCCAAGCUGGUUCAAGCCAAAGAGCUGCUAAAGGAAUAUAUUGACAGGGAGAAGAAGAAAAAAGAAGAAAGGGCGCAACCACAGAAGGCUAAUGAGGCCGUUUCAAAAUGUUUGGGACAACAAUUGUCUGUUAUGUAGCUAUGGUCUUCGGAAACAAUCUUCAAGUGAAGAUUUCCUUGACAUGCCUUUUCUUAAUCUACUGAGUUAGAUAAGCAAGAAUCAGCAUGAUUUCUCAUACAGUACUUGGUUUAAAUUGUGGUAUUUGUUCUGCUAAAAACCACAAUUAGUUCACCCUUCUAACACGAUUUGCAUGUAUUUUUUAUUUUUUACUUUGCAGUCACAAAUGUAUUUUGCAGUUCUAAUAAAAAGCAAGCCUAAAGGCAUACAUUCUGAGUAAAUAAUUUUAUAUUUCGGUGAA